UCCUGAAGGCCUCAGAAGCUGUAAAUGUUCAUGGUUUACAUGCUGAGUUUGUUUCUAUGGCGAUGCAAUACCCAAAGCGCGCCAUCUGUUUCACGAGGAGGUGAAGAUAAAUGUUUUUCAUAUAUGUUAAAUCAAAAAAUAAAUAAGGCUAUAGAGUUUUGAUACAAAGUUAUAUAAAUCAAAAUAAGAUUUUUAUAUAAUUGAAUAUAAUAUUUGACAUAAUUAAAAGGCAUGUUUUUAUAUUUAUUUGGAAUUGUAAUGAUAGAGUGUAAAGUGCUGAAUGGUGUCGUGUGUCCAGCAUCCCCCAGUACAUGGUCUCCUGCUGAACCUCCGUCGAGGCAGGAGAGAGACUAACCAGCAGCUCCCCAUGUCGGGGGUCCUGUUCGGUCUGCUGGACGACGAGAGGAACACAGCUGGAGCAGGAUCCUCUGCUAAACUAGCGUGGCGCUCUACUCCCCAGACAACGCUCGCUCCGACGCAGCCUCCAAGCUCAUCCUCCACACCUGCCCUCCUGUCUGCUGUAAGCCCUGUCGUUAGCCGUCGUCCCCCGGGUUCACAGCCGGCAGCCCUCCUCUCAGAGGCCUCCCCAGCCGGCGAACCCGAGGAGCAGAGCUCAGUGUUGACGCACAUUCCAGGGCGGCAGGGCGGAGGACGGCGGCCGCCCGGUCGAGCCCGUACAGGAGUCGCCGCUCAGCCCUGGCGCCGACACACCGGGCAGGUCCGGCCUCGCCUGACACCUCCGCCAGGAACCCAGGGUUCAGCCCGCUGCACCUGUGGCGCUGGCAGCAGGAAUGCAGCCGCUCUGAGGAGGAUCCAGGCCCGCCCACACCGGGGGUCGCAGGGUUGAGUCCCGAGACGUCCACGAGCCGAGUGCUUCCUGGCGUCGUGUCAUCGCCUUGAGGAAACCUUUAUUUACCAAACAAACCUACAAGGGAAGGCGAGGGCUGAGGGAGUUUGAAUCUUCACCCAGAAGAUGAAAGGUUCUGGGUUCGAACCCCGAUGUCCGCGGUCUACCUGUGGGGGUCCUUGAGCAAGAUGCCUCUUAAGCCAACCAACACCCUCAAUAAAAACGUCUGCUAGGUUACUGAUUGGUUAUUUCCAUGAUGCUCUGCUUUCCCCAGGAUCCUGACCUUAACUCUACCUAAUCACUAAACCCGAGACCAGGUGCUUUCCAUCUCCAUGGUUACACACUCCGCAGACCCCUCCUCCUCCUCCACCAUCUCCAGACAAGGCCAGACCCGUUUUAAUCUAACGAG